UGUGCAGAAAGGAUAUAUAAAUUGAUUAUAUAAAUUGAUAUUGUUACGCUUCAACUCUCGCUGCAUUAUAUUUCAGUACUUGUUGCUGAUUGACAAUGUCCACGUAUUGGGUCCUUUUUUUAAUUUAAGAAAAUGCAACAGAAUUAGAGAAUUAAUUAGAGUAUUAUAUAAACAGAGCGAUUAUAUAAAGAUAAUAGUUCGCAAAAGAUCUGCUUUCUCACUUAUUAAUAAUGCAGCUGGUCACGAUCGCAUCAUUUCUUAUAUUAUUCUGUGGCUUUUUUGAUAUGAUAAUGGUCACGACUGUCACAAGCAAUGACCAAGAUACGACAUUUAAUGAUGCGUCAGUAAACAAAAGCAAUUGGUCAACUUCAUGUAUCUUAGGCGUUAAAUAUGUCUCAAUAGCUUUGUAUACGAGCGAUAUUCCUAAUGGAAAAUUUGUUCAAGUAAACGAAUCCUGCAAUUUUUUAAAUUCCUCUACAUCGAUUUUUUUUAUGACUCAUGGAUUUAUUGCAAAUUUUUCCAAUUAUAACUUAUCUGUUGUUGCUUCUCAAUUGUUAAAGAAACAUUAUGCAGUAUUUUCAUUAGAUUGGUCUGAUGCAGCGUGUUAUAACGACCCAGCCGUCAUAAAUCUGCUAGAAUAUCCCUUCGCAGUACAUAACACUCGAGAAGUUGGUAAUUACUUGGCAAGCUAUAUCAAAUCAAUAUGCGAUACAUGCAGCAUUUCAUUCAAAAACGUGGCACUUAUAGGCCAUAGUCUUGGUGCACAUAUAAGUAGCUUUGCCGCAAAAAAUCUUCAGACAUCGGGUUAUGGCAAAGUUUCGCUUCUCAUUGGUUCCGAUCCUGCGGGUCCUCUUUUCAUACUUAGCGGUCCCGAAAAUAGAUUUUCUGACACAGACGCCGAACGUGUCGUAGCUCUUCACACAUCUGCUCUCGGAUUACAGAAAUCUCUAGGUCAUCUCGAUUUGUGGUUCAAUAACGGAUUAAGCCAACCAGCAUGUGGUGACCAGAUAAUCGGUACUCUGAAAGUCAAUUGCUCACAUAAUAUAUGCAUCAUGUAUCUUGCUAGUAUGUGGUCAGAUGAUUGUGUAUUUAUUGGUGUUCCUAUACACCGUAGAAUUGAUAUUCCUGGUAUGCCUGGUUGUUCUGAUAGUACCAACUGCAUUAUCGUGGACAACAAGAUAUUCUAUAACACUACCAUAGUGGGAGAUUAUUGUGUUUCUGUCACAUCAGAAUAUCCUUUUUGUAUAAAGAAAGAUGAAUUUGCAUGUCGAAAAAUUACAAACAUACUUGACACUUUAAUUUCAUAG